GCGCGAUGGCGUCAUCCAUCGUCUGCGUCUCCAGCACAUAUCUGCAACUUCCUAGAUAUAGACAUUUCUAAAUCUGACAUACAUUGCUUAUGUGUCUCUGAGUACAACAAUACAAUGCAACAGCCGAAUAAAACACUAAAAGGACACAAACUUGUCAUCCUUUUUGGUCUUACUGGUCCGCCGAAAACCAUCCAAGCAGCCGUCUUUCCCGAAGACUGGAUUGCAGAGUUGACGGAAUUGUUCUCCGAUCUGAAGAUUGCUAAUAUAAAAGGCGUAACAUGGGGUACAGAUGAUUUUCAAGCAAAAUUUCCAGACGAAGAGUGGAAAGACGCCACAAUUGUGGUGACGGGGAGCGCAUUGCCAACGCCGGAGAUGGCACCGAACUUGGAAUACAUACAGAUUCAGAUUGCUGGUGCAAAUCAUAUGCUUAAGAACCGUCUGAUUACGGAAACAAACGUCAAGCUCUGCAAUGCCAGUGGUAUACAUGGUACCCAGAUUGCUGAAUGGGUUGUGGCUACGUUUCUGUCGUUCCGUCAUCAACUUUUACAGUAUAAUUCUUUACAAAGCCAGGCUAAAUGGCACAAGCUUGGUAAUGGUGCCCAGGACUCUGUUGGCCAACGAAUAGGAAUACUCGGCUAUGGCGCAGUAGGCCGCCAGGUUGCGCGAGUGUUCAAAGCCCUGGGGAUGGUUAUCCAUGCCUGUACAUUACGCCCACGAGAAACCCCAGAGUCCCGCAAGGAUGAUACAUAUGUGACCCCGGGUUGCGGAGAUCCGGAUGGGCUACUUCCCAGCAAGUGGUUCUCUGCCAGCUCCAAGGCUGGACUUCACGAGUUUCUGCUCUCAGGCCUGGAUAUUCUAGUUCUCGCGAUACCCCUGACUUCCAAGACGCAAGGCAUCAUCGGCCGAGAAGAACUCAGGCUUUUAUCCGCGAAGCGAACGUUUAUAUCGAAUGUCGCUCGAGGAGAGGUAAUUGAUACCGAUGCUCUUAUUGAAGCAGUGGAGGCGGACCUCAUAUGCGGUGCAGCUCUGGAUGUAACCGACCCAGAGCCUUUACCAGAUGGCCACAGGCUCUGGAGCACCAAGAAUGUUAUUAUCACACCACACGUAAGUGGCGAUAGCGAAGUAUAUGCUCGACGUGUGUUUGAAGUUCUCAAGCACAAUUUGGUCAGGUUGAGCAAUGGAGAAGAAUUAUCAAAUCAGGUAGAUAAAAUAUCAGGAUAUUGA